AUGGGGAAGAAACCGUACUUGUCAUCGUUGGACCCAGAUCUGGAGUUGAAGUUUUUUAAAAUAAAGGAGGACGGCUUGCAACCGGGCAACGUCCACACCAUGCGAAACUCGACAAGUGCAGGAGGGGAUAGCGUGGCGCGCAUUGGCCACAUUACGACGAACGAUCCAGGAUACUACUAUGACGACCCGGAACGGAGCACACGAGGAUCCCGGCUCGGUGGUGGUGGCGGCGGCGGCUCGUCCUUUGUCGGGUCCGAGAGCCGGCCGUCGUUUGGCUUGGGCACGGGCGACGCCCCUCCCAGGAACGCCUUCUCGCGCUGGGUCGACACAUUCCGCCGCGACCCAACCAUGCAUUUCACACCCGAUUCCGUCGUUAAUGCCCGGGUCGGGAGCAGUUAUGGUAGCAGUGCGGGCGACGGGAGCGGUCGUAACCGGAUGGGGAGAGCUGGGUACCCUCUGCAUAACAUGCGAUAUGGCGGCCCACAGCAUGACGGUGGCGACGAGGACGACGACGACAAUGACAAUAUUGACAACGACGAUCUCGAAGGAGGCGGCGGCGGCGGCAGCGGCAGCGGCAGAGGUGGUGGCCGCAGGGAGCACAAUGGGCGCAACGGACGCAACAGCCAUUUUUACGACCUACACAGUGCCAACCUCGCUACGGCUCACUCGGGUCUGGCCCGCGAGCUCAAGGGCCGCCACCUGCAGAUGAUUGCCAUUGGCGGUUCUAUUGGAACCGGUCUCUUUGUGGCAUCGGGUAAGGCGUUGUCGCAGGGCGGUCCUGCAUCCGUACUUUUGGCGUACGGGUUCAUCGGCAUGAUGCUCUACUGCACUGUGCACGCGCUCGGCGAGCUGGCCGUUGUCUUUCCUGUGGCUGGCUCGUUCUCGGCCUUUUCGACGCGCUUCCUUGACCCCUCCUGGGGCUUUGCCAUGGGCUGGAACUACGCAUUACAGUGGCUCGUCGUUUUACCGUUGGAGAUUAUAGCAGCGUCGAUGACGGUGACGUACUGGAAUCCACACCUGAACAAGGCCAUUUUUGUCACCAUAUUUCUCCUCAUCAUCAUCAGCAUCAACUUGUUUGGCGUCAAGGGCUACGGCGAGGCCGAGUUUAUCUUUGCCAUUAUCAAGGUGACGGCCAUCGUCGGCUUCAUCCUCCUCGGCAUUGUCAUCAACAUCGGCGGCACGCCGACCGAAGGCUACAUUGGCGGCAAGUACUGGCGCGACCCGGGUGCCUUCAACAACAGCUUCAAGGGCCUCUGUUCGGUGCUCGUGACGGCCGCGUUUGCAUUUGCCGGCACCGAGCUUGUUGGUCUUGCAGCGGCCGAGACGCAGAACCCGCGCAAGAGCCUGCCAACGGCCAUCAAGCAGGUGUUUUGGCGCAUCUCGCUGUUUUACGUCGUGGCCCUGACGCUGGUGGGCUUGCUCGUACCGUAUAACAACCCUCGGCUGCCCGGCUCCAAAAACAUUGCCGACGCCACGGCGUCGCCCUUUGUGAUUGCCAUCGAGAGCGCCGGCAUCCAGGUGCUGCCCUCGGUCAUGAACUCGAUUAUUUUGGUUGCCGUGGUGUCUGUCGGCAACUCGUCCGUCUUCGGCUCCUCGCGCACGCUCGCUGCCCUCGCCGACCAGGGCCAGGCCCCUCGCAUCCUCUCGUAUAUCGACCGCCGAGGACGACCGCUCAUGGCCAUUUUGGUUGCGUCGAGUCUCGGCUUUCUCGCGUACCUUGCCGACGUGGACACGCAGGCCGACGUGCUCAACUGGCUGCUGGCCAUCUCGGCACUCAGCAGCGUCUUCACGUGGGGCAGCAUCUGCUUCGCCCACAUCCGUUUCCGCAUGGCGUGGCGGCGCCGCGGCCGCAUGCUUACGGAGCUGGCAUUCCGCGCACAGUCGGGCACGAUCGGAUCCUGGCUCGGCUUCUUGAUGAACGUGCUCAUCUUGUUGGCGCAGUUCUGGGUCGGCCUCUGGCCCAUCAACUACGGCCAGGCCAGCACGUCGGCCAAUGUGAAAAACUUCUUCUUGGAGUACCUGGCCGUGCCGAUUGUGCUGGUCAUGUGGCUCGCGCACAAGCUCUGGUACCGGACGUCGUACGUGCGGCUGUCGGAGAUGGACAUUGACACGGGCCGACGCGAGUUCAACCUGCCACUGCUGGUGGCACAAGAGCAGGAGGAGAAGCUGUACUGGCCGCGGUGGAAGAAGAUGUACAAGUUCUUCUGUUGA